AUGAAUGGCUUGAUCGAUGUUGGGUUGUUUGAUCAAAUAACAGAUGAUAUCAUCUACGAACAUGUCUAUGACCUUUACACCAACCACAAACCCCGAGAUGACCAACACCUUGGCUACAUAAAUAAGUCAAAGACAACAAUCAACAUCAGCUGUGCUGAUAACGACUUGACUAUUAAACAGUCUUUAACUUCGCUUUCUUCUAAUACCCAGGCAUCUUCCACUGGAUUUGUAUGCUGGCAGACAUCGUCGUUUCUAGUCGACUGGAUACUCACCGAUCCAAAAUGUCCCUUCUAUAAAUCUUUUGCUGAAAAACAAGAUUUAUCGAUAUUGGAAAUGGGUGCUGGAGUAUCGGGGGUUGCAGUAUCACUCCUCGGACCUAGGGUUAAAAACUACGUUGCCUCUGAUCAAAAACAUAUCCUAAAGCUCUUGAAAGAGAAUUUUUCAAAUAAUGUCCCCACGAAUAAGUUUUCCAGCGAAACUAUAUCCACGGACAAUUCAAAUAAAACCCAUCCUAAAAUCGAUAUUAUUGAGUACGACUGGGAACACCCCAUGCAAGGCUUGUCCAACUAUAAUAAUGUAAACGAUCGUGUCCCCGAUAUGUUAAUUGCUUGUGAUACUAUUUAUAAUGAAUUUUUAAUCCAGCCGUUCCUUGAUGCGUGCCAACAAUCAAUGAACAACACAAAUGGACUUCUUAUUGGUAUUCAGUUGCGAGACCAGUCAGUGAUCGAACUGUUCCUCGAACAAACAUUAGAAUCUGGUCUUCAAUUGCACUAUAUUCCUCCAGAAUCUCUAAGUGAAGACUUGCUACUGGGUUUUGUAAUGAACAAUAACACCAGCAACAACAAUACCAGCAAUAACAGUAAUAAUGGGAAUAACGGGGUGUUUGGUAAAAACGGUUCCAAUAACUUUGGUAAGCCUGGUAAUCCAAAUCAAAGAAAGAGAAAAGUCUUUAUAAACAAUCACAAUUCAAAUACUUCCAACAACAAUCAGAACCAUCAAAACAAUAAUCAGAAUCAUCAAAACAACAAUAAUAGAUUUAAUAAUUAUAAUAAUAACCCAAAUCGAAAUAAUUCUAAACGAACCAAUGAUAAGAAUCAAGAUCGAAGAAAAAAUACGAAAAAAAAGGACAAACUAAAUGAUAAAACUAAUGAUAAAAAAACUUUCUUGAAUGGUUCGUUGAAUGAUAGCGUUUCUGCAUUUGAUCUGAACUCUCCAACUCCAGAGUCGCUAGAGACUCCAGCGAAAGUUUUACCUCGUCAGUCACAAGAACAACUACAGAAUUUCAGUAAUGAAGAAACCUCUUUGAUUGGUCCUUUAUUCAGUAAUCCAGAAUCAUUAGGUUUCCAACGUAAAACACCUUCUCUGAAAAGGCCAAUUCCACGAUACAUGCUUACGCAACCCCGUCAGCUUAUAACUCCCCCAUUCAUCCAAAAUCAAUGGGAUAAAGAAAAUCAAGAUAAAAUGCGUAGCAUGGAAUCAUCAAACAAAGAUUUUCAAGGAUUGUAUGAAGAAUUUCAAAAAAUGAGAGAAACUGAAAGAUCAAAGAUGGAAUCCUUAGGUCUUGUGGAUGCAGAGAAUAUCAGUAAAGAUUUGACUGACGCCAUUGCAUUUCAAGGUUCGUGUCUUGAAAUGUGUCCGAUUUUCGAAAGAGUUAGAAGACAAUUAGAAAAUAAUGUAAAGGCAUUGGAAAAAGAUCCUCAUACCAACAAAAUAUCUCCUACUAAAGCCAUAAAGGCCUUUUCACGACCUGCUGCUGGUCAAGCUCCCCCUUUACCCUCUGAAGUUAGACCCCCUCAUAUUUUAAAACAAACUUUAGAUCAUAUGGUCGAUGAAAUAGUUCCUCAGUUACCUGAAGCUCAUUCAUUCAUCUGGGAUAGAACAAGAUCAAUUCGACAAGACUUCACUUAUCAAAACUUUUUCGGUCCUGAAGCAAUUGAUUGUAACGAGCGGAUUGUGAGAAUUCAUUUGAUUUCUUUACAUAUUAUGGCUGGUGCAGAUGUCGAAUAUUCCCAGCAACAGGAAUUGGAACAAUUUAAUAAAGCUUUGCAAACAUUGAUUGAAAUUUAUCAGGAUAUUAGAAAUCAUGGAGGUAACGCUCCUAAUGAACCUGAAUUUAGAGCAUACUACUUGCUCAGUCAUUAUAGAGACGCUGAAGUUGAAAGAGAAAUACAAGAAUUACCAGAUUUUAUUUUCAAGUCCCCUGAAGUUCAAUUGGCACUCAAAUUUAGAACAAUCUUGUCACAAAAUAACAUUGUCGAAAGGGGUUUCCAAAAUCCAAUUGGUGCCCUCAACUUGUUCCUGGAAUUCUUCAAACUUGUUUAUAGUCCUGAAACUCCAUUGUUGUUUGCUUGCUUGUUGGAGACUCAUUUUAAUGAGAUUAGGUUUUAUGCGUUGAAAGCAAUGUCUAGAUGUUAUCAUACUAGAGGUAAAGCAUAUCUAGCAGAAUCAUUAAAAGAUAUGUUAGGAUUUGAUUCAAUUGAAGGCCUUGUAAAAUUCAUAGAAUACUAUGAAAUCGAUUCUUUGAAUGAUAACGGAGAAUUACUCAUUGAUUUAUUCAACAAAGAUAAAUUAAGCAAUUACAAACUAAAUUCAAUUAAUGAAAAACCUAGAUUAUCACAACCUUGCUCAAAACAGAUUGAUGACAAGAUAAUUGGUCCGUUGAAAUCGUUCAUCAAUUGUGGAAAGCCAACCUACACAUUGAACUUAAAAACUUCAAAAGAUAGAGAAGUUAUUCCAAGUAACCUACCAGCACAAAAGCCUACUUUCUCAUCACAAGGUGCAUUUGGUGGAUUCUCCCAAGCGCCUGUUCAGCCUGGUGGUUCUAAAAGCUUAUCUGAUUUCCUUAGUUCUUCUGGUAGCACUCCGGGAUUUGGUACUUCUCAAGCAUUAGGUGCUCGUCAAGGGUUUGGCGCUUCUGCCCCUUCCCAACCAACUAACACUUUUGGAACUUCACAAACAUUUGAUGCUUCUAAAGUAUCUAAUAAUACCAAACCUUUUGGUGCGUCUCAGGCACCUGCUGGUACUUCUACAACAAAUGUUGGAUCUCAAAGUCUGAUUACCCCUAAACCAGGAUUUUCUUCGACUGACAAUGCACCAAAACUUUUCCCAAAGCCUCAAGCACCACUUGCUGAAAGUAAACAGGAUUCUUUCAAUUUUAAAAGUUUUGGCAACCCUUCCGUGGAUAAGGCUAAACAACCUAAUCCAGUCCAAUCGGAAAAAGAAUCAUCUUCAUCUUCACCAAUCAACUUUAAACCCUCUUCAAGACCCAAUGUGCCAGCUCAAGAUCAACAACAGUUUCUGUUUAAACCGGCCAUCGAAUCCCAUACCCAAAAGCAGGACCAACCAUCUUUUAAGACGAACCCACCAACCAUUCCUUCUCUCACAGAAAAACCAAAGAAAGAUUUUAUUCCUGAAAAACCAAAGCUCAAAGAUCAUAAGCAUUUUGGCCAAGCCUUGGAAAAAGUAUAUAAUGAGAUUUUGCAAUCUACGAUUGAUGAUGAACUUUCCAAAUUAUUACCCAAAUUGAUGCGAAUUGAAAACCGAAACCAAGAACGUAAGAAGAUCAUCAACUCAUUCAGUAAUGAAUUAUAUCAAGCAUUUAUAUCUGAGAUUAUUUACAACCAAACCUUAAAAGCACAAGCUACCAAUUUUUAUGAAACUAACCUUAAAAGAUUUAUUUUAAGAAGAUUAAGUGAUAAAGGAGAACAGUUGAAGGUGAAACAUGAAUUGAGACGUAAGAAAUUAGACGAACUAAACAGUAUUUCAUUCAAGGUCCCCACAUUGAAAAGACGAUCUUCAAAUGCUAGUUUGAGUUCAUUAGGAAGUACAAAAAUGAAGAAGAGACUUAAUUUUACUGAAAAUGAACCCAGUUUCAACCACAUUAGUGAAAGACAAACCGAGGUUAGAAAGUUGUGGGAGCCUAUCGACCUCUCACAGUUUCUCAAAACCUGUUCAAAACAUAUCAAGCUUAGUAUUGACUCUUUUGUGGAGCUAAAAUUUUUGCUUGUGAUUGAGAAUUGGACAUCUCCUUAUUCAAAAUGGCUAAACACUAAGUUAAUGCUAAAGAUUAACAAAGAAAGAAUGAUCUAUGAAAAUAAGAUAAGUGAUGACAGGAUGAGUAUCAAUUUACAAAGUUUACCACAAAACAAUUAUUUGAAUAAAGAUUUUUUCGGUAAUACUGCUUUUAUCUUGUUUGAAGCUGGAUUUUUCAAUGACGGCCAAAUUAGCCAAUAUAAUGGUGAUCUUAGUUCGAAAUUACAAAGGGACGAAACUAUUUUGAAUAAAAUCAUACAAUUAUGUUCCAGGUAUGGUUAUUAUAAAGUUCAAAUUCUUCUUGUUUUUUGGAAUAUUAGUAAAUCCGACACUCCUGAUGUUUCAAACCUUUUGAAAAUCCCAGAACAUAAAAACAACAGCGUUAUUGAAGACAUUAUUGUCUGUGACAUGACUGCCAAAGAUCAAAACAUUAAUGGUAUCUUACUUGAAGGGUUCAAUAACUUGAGUGACGGUUUCACUGGAGACCUUACCCCGAGAGGAGCCAAGAAGAAAGAAAAGCUUCGUAAAUUGAAUGAAAACAAGAAACGUAAAAUGUCAGAAUCUCCUGCACCAGUCACCGACUCCAUGGAUGAACACCGAGCUAAAGAAUCCGAGUAUCUCAAGCGGGCUAAACACAACCGUCAAUAUGGAUACUUGGCCAACCACAUAUCCAAUGUUUCGAACUCUAGCAUCAAGUCUCGAAAUAAUUCAAUCAAUGAUUCCACAUCCUUAUAUUUGAGUGCAAUUAACAGGACUCAAAACAACUCAUCUACCUUUUUAAACCUAAACUCGUCCAUCGGGAACGAUACCACUUUCAAAAAAGAUUUGUCUAUUCUUCCUUCAUUCGGAGAAGGUGUUGGAAUUAUUGAAGAAAGCACUCCAUUUGCAUCACCCAAGGGAAAAUCAUUCACCAAACCAGCUCCUAAGAAUAUUUCAAAUAACGUUGAAAUCUUACGUAACUUGACUGCAAGCAUUAAAGCCAAAUAUAAAAAGUGAGUUUCCUCACUCUUGUAUAAUAGUUGUAUAAUAAUAUUAAUAAACAUUACCACCC